UAAAAAAAGAAAUACCUAAAAAUAAACAACCAAGGAGGUGGAAUACUGGUACUCUGAGAACUAUCAAACGACCAUGAAAGAAAUUGAAGAUGACACAGACAAACGCAUAUUGAGGUUGAGAGGCUUAAGAUGAAGCAAAAAGAACUGGAAGCCAAGGUUCUGGCCCAGGAGGCUGUGGACCCAAAGGAUAAAGAGAACUCACCUCCCACAAUGCUCAGACCGCUUGCCCGCCGCACAGACACGGUAGCAAAGCCCCUUGAACAUGCUGUGGUGAUACCCUUACAACUGAUUCAGGAGCAGGCAGCAUCCCCAAAUGCUGAGAUCCACAUCCUGAAGAAGAAAGGCCGGAAGAGAACGCUGGAGUCCCUGGAUGCUUCCGAGCCAGAGGAGAAGGCUGAGGACUUCUGGGAGCUUCAGAUCAGCCCGGAGCUUCUGGCUCAUGGGCGCCAAAAAACAUUAGAUCUGCUGAAUGAAGGCUCUGCCCGGGAUCUGCGCAGCCUGCAGCGCAUUGGCCAAAAGAAGGCCCAGCUCAUGGUAUGUUGGAGGGAGCUCCCUGGCCCCUUCAGCCAGGUGGAGGACCCAGAACACGCGGAGGGCAUAUCCGGGAAACAGAUGGAGUCAUUCCUGAAGGCGAACAUCCUGGGUCUCGCCGCGAGCCAGCACUGAGGCCCCUCCUCACUGCCAGCUCCUUUCCUUCCGGGGCCAUGUUUUUGUUUUGCUUUUUUAAAUCAUCAUAUAACUGCGUGUCAUGUAAAUACAGUUUUUA